AUGCUGGCAAUCAAAAAUAUUAGGGCUAAAAAUGAAAUUGAUGACAAGUCUGCAAGAACAUCAAUAUAUAAUGAAAUCAAAUCACUUCUACCUGAUAUUACCGAUGUAAAUUUGCAAUCAUCUAUUUCUGUCGAUUCAGAAAAAUUAGCAGAAACCAAGAAAGCUUUACCGGAACCGAUUCUAGAAGAAUCAACUGAGAAAAACGAAGAGAUAUUAUCAGCAAAGUAUUGA